AUGAACUUCACGCGAGCUCCCGUGUACCAGGUGGUCGACGGUCUGAAGUAUAGCAAAGUGUACGUGCCGGAGUACGUGCGUGCUGCCCGAGCCUACAGGCCCCAAGACGACGACCUAGUCUUGGUGUCCUACCUCAAGUGCGGAAACAACUGGCUGGAGCAGAUCGUCCAGCUCAUUCUGCACGGCGGAGAAAGCGCUGCAAACUAUGCCGAGUUUCACCGGUGGUGUCGUUAUCCGGAGCUGUAUGGCUUGCGCUACCUCGACGAGAUCGAACCGCCACGUUUCUUCAAAACGCACUUCCGCUACGAACACCAGCUGAAGAACCCCAAGGCGAAAUUUGUGUACUUGGCUCGCAAUCCACUGGACGUCUGCACUUCAUUCUACUACUACGUGCUCAAAGGUCCACAGUGCGACUUCGAAGACUGCAGCUUCAACGAUUUUGUCGAAGCCUUUGUGAGCGGUGAGGUAGACCGCGGGGACUACUUAGAUCAUCUGCUCUCCUGGUACCCGCACCGGCACGAACAAAAUGUUCUCUUUAUAACAUUAGAGCAACUGAAACAAGAUUUCAGGGGCACUGUCCUGUCUCUGGCAAGUUUCAUGGGUGAGAAGUACAGGCGGCUGCUAGCUAAUGAGCAGGACGUUUACCGUAUGGUUGUCGAGAAAAGCAAUCUCUCUUUCAUGUCGAAGCUCUGUUCUGUCGAUAAGGACAGCAUCACAAAGCUGACCGAAAAGGACCAACCUUUCUUAGACGCCUGUAGACGCUUCAAUGCGAUGAACCGCGAUAGGAUCGAAGGCCCGGUCAUAGCAAGAAAAGGCAUUGUUGGUGACUGGAAAAAUCACUUCACGAACCGUCAUCUCGGCCUGGUGCGUCAGUGGAUCGAGAAGAAGGGGGCUGCUCAAGUGAUUCGGGAGAUAUGGGGAGAUUUAGAUCUUGGGGGAAUUGUAUAA